AUGGAGUCAGCAAACAAUGCAAGUUUUGAGCAUGUCACAAAUGAAGAAUGCCGAAAGGAGUGUAUAACUGAGGAGCUGAGGGGAACGGUUUACCAACAGAAAGAUAUUCCUGAAAUUUUGCAAGAGAUUAAAAGCCCUUUGCAGGGAGAGAGCAUGGACAAUGAAAUGGAGACACCCAAAGUGGAAAAGGACAGCACCAAGGAUUUAGAGAGGUUAUGCCUUAAACGGAAGUUAGAAAGUGAGGGAAAGCCAGCUGUGAGGAAAGAGCCAUGCUUGGCUGACCUAGAAAACCAGCCCAUUGCCAUGCUUUUGUCUCAUAUUCCCUUGAAGAGCCUCAUGGAAGUAGAAAUGAAGUUGGUCUACACGGAUGAGGAGGAUGUCACCUAUGAGUUUUUGGAGUCCCAGGCUUCCACCAGUGAGCAACAAACUUUUCCAGAGGACAUAAGGAUGGAUUCUCAGAGACUGCCUGAUCUGAACGCCCUACCACAGAUGGAUAAAUGGCUUCAGGUGUCCUUGAAGGACGCUAGUACUUGCUAUAGGCAGAAGAAGUAUGCAAUGGCAGCAGGCCAGUUCAGAACAGCCCUUGAGCUUUGCAGCAAAGGUGCAGCUUUGGGGAAGCCCUUUGAAGCCUCUCCGAAAGAUAUUUCCAGUAUUGCCAGUUUCAUUGAGACAAAGCUAGUAAUCUGCUAUUUGAAGAUGAGAAAGCCUGACCUUGCACUGAAUCAUUCUCACAGGAGCAUCAUCCUGAACCCUGCCUACUUCCUUAACCACCUUCGCCAAGCCACCGUGUUCCGAUGCUUAGAGAGAUAUUCUGAGGCAGCAAGGAGCACCAUGGUCGCAGACUACAUGUACUGGCUGUCUGGAGGAAGAGAGACACAGACCAGCAAGCUCAUCAAACUGUAUUGGCAGGCUAUGAUUGAAGAAGCCAUCACAAGAGCAGAAUGCUUUUCGGUGAUGUACACCCCAUUUGCAACCAAAGUAAAGACAAUAAAAAUUGACAAGCUGAAGGAAGCUUUUACCAAAAAGCAUCCCGACUAUGUGGAAUAUAUAUACACAGAUCCCCAUGGACUCCACAGCUUGCCCCAAACAGCUGACUGGUCUUUUCCAUCUCCCCAGUCCUAUCUGCUGACACUGGGCUUCAAAAACAAAGAAGUUGGGAAAUUUCUAGAAAAGAUGUCCUGCAGGAAGCUGCCAACAUUUUCAGAGCACAAAGCUCCUUUUAGUCCUCUUACCAAAGAAGAGGCAGGAAGACACCUGGAAACCAUUGGGAAAAGAAUCUUGCCAAUAAUGGAUUUCAUCAGAGGCACCAAAUUAACUGAGACUUUUUGUGCAUGUUCAGGGGUGAUAGAGAAACUGCAGCAUGCUAGCCUGCUUGGCCGCUUGCAGCGCAUCAAGGAGCAGUCCCAGGUGAUCAAUCAAGCCAUGGCUGACCUCGCCACCAUCCCCUACCUCCAAGAUAUCAGCCAGCAGGAUGCUGAACUGCUGCAGUCACUAAUGGCAGAUGCCAUGGACACCCUCGAAGGGAGGAAAAGUGAUAAAGAACGUGUCUGGAAUAAAAUUCAAAAGGUUGGGAUAAUAGAAGACUUCUUAUACCAGAUAGAAGAUAGUUUCUUAAAGACCAAAAAACUCAGAACAGCAAGGAGGCAGAAAAUGAAGAUGAAGCGACUUCAAAGUGAACAGCCAUGCUAG